CCUGGACCAGACAAGAGUUGCCUCAUGGAAAAAAAGUAGGCCUAUGUGGGUACACUGAACGUCCGUGGAUGAUACCAUGAACCCGGCCGCAAGCGGCGCUGCCGACGCGGCACAGCAGCGGCAGGCGGACAAUAGCAACAGAAAGCAACAGAGAGCCUCUUCUCCGGCUGGAGGGAAAGAGACAGGAUCUAAAUGGACACAGAAAAGCAACACUCAGGCUAAAUCGAUCACGUCAAAACAAAGCGGUAGAAGAAGCAGCCGUGGUCAGUCGCCCAUUUCAACCGCUACCAGCAAAGAAAGGCAGUCAUUCAAAGGCGCGGCUGCUGUCCAGGCUACUGGUACUGAAAGCCCUACACAGAUCAGGGCCGUGACAAGUGAGUCAGCCGAAGAGCGCACUAAUAUUCCCGAAGAUACACGUUGCACUGACUUAUUGUCUCCAACUAGGGGAGAGCCGACCCGUGUUGUCUCUGACCAGCCUUGUUCAACGAAAUCGCCCAAAUUAAAAAGCAAAAACCCGAGAGGAGACUGUGCUUCCAACGGCCAAAAGAAAAGCUCCAAGAGCACCGUGGGCUGCGGGCCUGGGUUUUGGAAAGAGGGGUGCUUACAGUCUGAAUUGAUACAGUUCCAUCUGAACAAGAGUUUGGGGGAACAGGUUGGGAAGAUGCAGACAAAGACGUCUCCGGCCUCCGAACCGGAAUUGUCCCCCGAGGCAGCUAUUCAUGAACCAGUGCCUCCCCUGCCCGACCAGAGAUUGCAAGAUGAAAUAGAGAAACUAGAGGAUGAAAACGAAGAGUUGAAGAAUGAAAUACAGGAAAUGCGCGCAGAGAUGGAUGAAAUGCGAGACUCAUUCUAUGAAGAAGACGCUUGCCAACUGCAGGACAUGCGUCGCGAGUUGGAAAGGGCCAAUAAGAAUUGCAGGAUUCUUCAGUACCGUGUGAGGAAAGCGGAGAGGAAGAGGCUCCGCUUUGCCGAAACUGGUGAGGUGGACGGGGAACUGCUAAGGAGCUUGGAACAAGACCUGAAGGUGGCAAAAGAUGUCUCAGUGAGGCUGCACCAUGAACUGGAAAGUGUGGAGGAAAGACGGACAAAGACAGAGGAGGAGAAUGAGAACCUGAGACAGCAGUUUAUAGAAGUGGAGGUGACCAAGCAAGCUCUGCAGAACGAACUGGAGAAUGCAAAGGAGCUGUCACUGAAAAGAAGAGGGAACAAGGACGUGCAGAGAUCAGAGAAAAGGGUUCCGCAGACACCCAUAGAAGAGGAAAAUGAGGACCUGAAAUGCCAACUGGCCUUCAUCAAGGAAGAGGCAGUCUUGAUGAGAAAGAAGAUGGCCAAGAUCGACAAGGAGAAGGACCGCCUGGAGGCCGAGCUUCAAAAGUAUCGCUCCUUCUACGGAGAUUUGGACAGCCCCCUGCCCAAGGGUGAGGCGGGGGGACCACCAACCACACGUGAAUCAGAGCUCAAGCUCCGCCUGCGUCUGGUGGAGGAGGAGGCCAACAUUCUGGGGAGGAAGAUUGUUGAGCUAGAGGUGGAGAACCGUGGUCUGAAGGCAGAACUAGAGGACAUGCGCGAGGAUAGCCUGGCAGCAUGCGGCGGGUCGAGGUACCACAGCUCCAAGCUGCAGGGCGAAGCUCUGUCAGAGCUCCGGCAGCAGCUGCAGCUAGUGGAGGACGAAGCAGAGCUGCUACGCAGGAACUUAGCUGAUGUGGAAGAGGAAAACAAGAAGGUAACGAGUGAGCUCAACAAACUCAAGUACAAGGAGGGCUCUCGCCAUGGAGCAGGAGGGGCUGGGGGGGGAGGAGGAGCAGAUGCUGCCAAGAUGGAGGUCCUCCAGGAGGAGCUGAAGGCAGCCAGGCUGCAGAUUAAUGAGCUGAGCGGCAAGGUGAUGCAGCUGCAGUAUGAGAACCGCGUGCUGCUGUCCAACUUGCAGCGUUACGACCUGGCCUCGCACCUCGCCCUGCACUCCAGCCCUCGGGACAGCGACGCUGAAAGUGACGGGGGUCGCGACGACGGCUCCUCGUCGCCUCGCCUUCUUCCGCCACACCGAAAGCGCGAGGGUCCUAUUGGAGGGGAAAGCGACUCGGACGAGGUGAGGAACAUGCGUUGCCUGACACCGACUCGUUCCCUCUACUCCCCAGACACCCGUUUUUUAUCCCGGAGCCUGAAAGACAGGCAGCAGAUGAUUGACAUCCGCUUUGAGGCGGAGAGACUGAGCCGAACCAUAGACAGGCUCAUAGCUGACACCAGCACCAUCAUCGCUGAGGCCAGGGUCUAUGUGUCCAAUGGGGAGCUGUUUGAGGAGGAUGAGGGGAGUCGUAUCCGGGAGCACGAAUUGUUGUACCGCAUCAACGCCCAAAUGAAGGCCUUCCGGAAGGAGCUACAGGGAUUAAUUGACCGGCUGGAGGUCCCCAAGCCUGAGGGCAAGACAAAUGAGGAACCUCUAUCUAUGUUUCAACCUAUCAUUUUACUGAUCCUUAUACUUGUCCUAUUUUCAUCACUUUCUUAUGCCACCAUUUUUAAGUUGGUUUUUCUUUUCACCCUUUUCUUUGUUCUGUAAAAGUAGACGUGCCCAUAUUACAUCUGUUACACCUUUAUUUGUCUUUACUUUUUUUUUUUACAUACACAAGGUCACACUAGGUACAGGAGGCUCUUUCUUCAUUUAUCAUGAUCCAACUCAGACGCUCUCAACCAAUACUGGGGACAUGUCACAUCAAAGAGACACAUCAGUGUAUAUGAGGGUGGGGACAACAGAAGGCUUUUGUUAGACCUGAAAUCGGUUUUGGAAGAGGUACAGGGGGAAGUAAAGAGAGAGGAGGAGAAGAGGAGCGAGCUACAACUGCAGUACACAAGGGACAGAUGCGCAUGGGACUU